AGAGAGAUAAGGUACUACACACAACAUCCGAUAUUAGUAACUUUUUCGUUGUGUAACUUUCGUUUCUUGAGUUGAGUAAGCAGUGAUGGUUUAUUAUAGAAAGGAGUCUACUUCGUGUUGAUUAUUACAGUUCCAUUUUUAAUUGUGAGUUUCAUAAAGUUUUUUAUAUCAUGUGCGGUAUUACAAACGAUGAUUACCAUUUUUUAGCACCUAAAUGAGUAGGUCUACAUAAUGUUCUGCAAGUUUAACCAGCUGCUACAGAAAUAUGUUUAAAACAGUGAUACAUCAAUGAUAAUUCCAAUAUAAUAUACAGAUCACCAUGUUUGCUGGUAUAAGAAGAAGACUCAAAAAAACACUACCAAUGAUAUUAUUUGUAAUCCUAACUGUGAUUUUUUUGGUAAGAAUAUAUUUUAAUGGAAAAGAAAAUGAAAUUCAUCCUAAACAUAUAAUUAGGAAAAAAUACCAAGAAGAAUACGUCGAUAGGCACGGAGUACGCGUAGUAGUAGGUCACUAUAGAGGAAACAUCGCCCACAAUAUUCCAGAAGCUUCAAACGAAACUAUCAACAAAAACAACUUCGAUCCAGUACCAAACGCUGGCAAAAACGGACAACCUUUGGUAGUAGACAACAAAGAUUUCGUAAAAACACAGCAAUUGUAUCAGAUAAACCAAUUUAAUUUAAUGGCUAGUGAUAAAAUACCACUAAAUAGGAGUUUGCCUGAUUACAGGAGGAAGAGAUGCACCAUGUUGUUUAAAGACUACUUGACAUACCCAAAAACCAGUAUCAUCAUUGUUUUUCACAAUGAAGCAUGGUCUACUUUGUUAAGAACGGUAUGGAGUGUUAUCAAUCGGUCUCCUAAAGAGUUAGUUCAGGAAAUCAUAUUAGUUGAUGAUGCCAGCGAAAGAGAAUUCUUAAAAAAGCCCCUAGACGACUAUAUCAAAACACUACCAAUAAAAACUAUCAUCAUACGCAGUUCAACCAGAGUAGGUCUCAUCAAGGCUAGAUUAAAAGGUGCCAGAGUAGCUGAAGGUGAAGUUUUAACAUUUUUAGACGCUCACUGUGAAUGUACCCAAGGUUGGUUAGAGCCACUGCUGUCUGUGAUAAAUAAAGAUAAGAAGACUGUCAUUUGUCCUACUAUAGAUAUUAUUAACCACGAUACGUUUGCCUAUGUUAAGAGUUUUGAGUUGCACUGGGGUGCCUUUAACUGGAAUCUUCAGUUUAGGUGGUACACACUUGGAGGUACAGAACUAAAACUACGCCAAAAAGACAUCACUCAACCAUUUAACUCUCCAGCUAUGGCUGGAGGACUCUUCGCCAUGGACAAGAAAAUGUUCUUCGAGUUUGGAUCUUACGAUGAAGAUAUGAAGAUCUGGGGAGGGGAAAAUUUGGAAAUGUCUUUCAGAAUCUGGCAGUGUGGUGGAAAGAUUCAAAUAUCACCCUGUUCUCGAGUUGGACACGUAUUUAGGAAGUCUUCUCCGUAUUCCUUUCCCGGUGGUCUGGAGAAAACUCUGUAUACAAAUUUGGCUAGAGUAGCGCUGGUGUGGUUGGACGACUGGGCCAGAUUUUUUUUCAAAUACAAUGAACAGUCCAGAAAGGUAAGAGAGGAUCAAAACGUGACAGCCAGAUUGGAGUUAAGGAAAAGACUGAAUUGUAAAUCUUUCGAUUGGUACUUAAACAACGUUUGGCCGCAGCAUUUCUUUCCUAGGAAUGAUAGAUUCUUUGGGAAAAUAAAGAAUGUAGGAAAGAAUAUGUGUCUAGUGAAACCAGAUCAAAAGCAUCUAAUGAAUCAACCGAUGGGCAUAGCAACUGUGGACCUAUGCCUCUCUGACGACGUGGAGAUUGAAAUGUUUGUAAUGACCAAAGACGGGUUUAUAAUGACUGAUGAUUCGAUUUGUCUUGAUGGUCCAGAAAAACCUAAAACCGGACUUAUGAAAGUCAGAAUUGUUGCCUGUCACGGUUCUAGUAGGCAGAAGUGGGAGUAUGACAAAAAGACUAAUGAAAUUCGCCACGUAUCUAAUAGCAAAUGUCUAGACGUAAGAAACUCCACAAAAUUUGCUCAAGAACUCGUCUUAAAUGAAUGUGAUCGAAGUAAUAAUCAACAAUGGACGUUAGAAUCAGUGCCUUGGAAAUAAAACUUAUUAAAUAUUUUUAAUAUUUAAAUCGUUAAUUAAACAUUUUUCAUUUU